CGUGCGUGUCGGAUGACAAACAGGGACAGAUUUCUGACAGUACCGACUACAAAGUGCCAUAGUUUGCGAUGGCUAUUCCAGAAAGAACACGAAGUAAGGAAGAGAACUGAUGGAGUAAACUGUUAUAAAACAUAAUGCGUUCGUGUCAUUAACAGGGACCAGCGACUCACCAGGAUAUGCAUGAGAUGGUGGACGUUGUCGACUUUGAAGAGAAGAGGUUCAAGAAGUCACAUUAUUGUAAAGACGGGAAUCGCAGGACCGAGAAACGGGAAAGUAGCUGUUUUCAUGAACCCCCCAAAAUAGUUGAAAUGUCACUAUAAACGAACCUGACUCAACACAACUUGAACAUAGCCAGACGAUACCACGCAUUGGACUAGUGGGAGUUUUUUUUAUAUAAGGAACGGCGAUGGCGUUGGCAUGACGGGGGAGCCGGGGACCACGUAGCGACGGCGCCCGCUUCAGAGCCAUGGAAGAUUCCUGGACGUCAGUGUUGACGGUCAACCCGAACGAAGGCCCCAAGCUGUGGGGCGAAGUCGGCGGCAGGGAGAAGCCCAACGGAAAGCUGUCUCCGCCCAGCCAACAGUCAUCCCCGGGGCAGCCCGAGGAGGAGGUGGGCCCGGAGGACAAGAUGGAGCAGGGGAGCACCGGGGAGGAGAGCAGCUGGCUGGAGGCCUCACCGGAGCAGGAGCAGGAGCAGGGCUUAGACAGGGGAGCGCAGAAUGGGCACGCAGGCGAGGAGGAUCUGCAGGAGAAAGGCAGCUCUGGCACCAGCGCCAGCCGCAGCACGGGCAGCCCUGCGCCCUCCAGCAGUGGCACAGCAGAUCUGUCUCAGACGUCUCCUCCGUCGCUCACUGACCAGCUGCUGUUGGGUCGGGACGACGCGACCGGGAUCAACGUCGAGUGCCGUAUCUGUGGUGACCGGGCCUCAGGCUUCCACUACGGAGUUCAUGCCUGUGAGGGCUGCAAGGGCUUUUUCCGGCGGACCAUCCGAAUGAAGCUGGACUACGAGCGCUGCGAGAGGAGCUGUAAAAUCCAGAAGAAGAGCCGCAACAAGUGCCAGUACUGCCGCUUCCAGAAGUGCCUGAUGCUGGGCAUGUCCCAUGAUGCGAUCCGGUAUGGCCGUAUGCCAGAGGCAGAGAAGAGGAAGCUGGUUGCAGGACUCUUAGCGGGAGACGAAUGCAGUCAGAACUCUGCAGCCUCGGACCUCAAGUCGCUGGCCAAGCGCGUCAACAACGCCUACCAGAAAAACCUCAACAUGACCAAGAAGAAGGCCCGCAGCAUCCUCACUGGCAAGACCAGCUCCACCUCGCCAUUUGUUAUCCAUGAUAUGGACUCGCUGUGGCAGGCAGAGAAUGGCCUGGUGUGGAACCAACUGAUAAACGGGGCUCCCCCACACAAGGAGAUCGGGGUUCACGUCUUCUACCGCUGCCAGUGCACCACCGUAGAGACGGUGCGGGAGCUCACUGAGUUCGCCAAAAGCAUCCCAGGGUUCGUGGACCUCUUCCUCAAUGACCAGGUGACGCUACUCAAGUACGGGGUGCACGAGGCCAUCUUCGCUAUGCUGCCGUCGCUCAUGAACAAGGACGGGCUGCUGGUGGCGAACGGGAAGGGCUUUGUCACGCGCGAGUUCCUGCGCAGCUUACGGAGGCCCUUCAGCGAGAUCAUGGAGCCCAAGUUUGAGUUCGCCGUCAAGUUCAACGCGCUGGAGCUGGACGACAGUGACCUGGCCCUUUACGUGGCGGCCAUCAUCCUCUGUGGAGACCGACCUGGGCUGAUGAACAUCAAGCAGGUGGAGGUGAUGCAGGAUGGCAUCCUGCAGGCUCUCAACCAGCACCUAAGCGCCAACCACCCCGACUCCAGCUACAUCUUCCCCAAGCUGCUGCAGAAGAUGGCCGACCUGCGGCAGCUGGUCACCGAGAACGCCCAGCUGGUCCAGAAGAUCAAGAAGACCGAGUCAGAGACCUCACUGCAUCCACUACUGCAAGAGAUCUACAGGGACAUGUACUGAUGGCAGACACAAGGGGCUCAGAGACCCACACACUGACACAAACACCCUCUGGAUUGAUGUGCUGACACGCACAUACAGACACACACACACACACACACACACAUACGUGUGAACUGGAUGUUUGCUUAGGAAAGGUCAAGAAGCGCAUUUAAGAAGAAGGAAGAAUAGUAAAAGAAGAAGAAAAAAGCAACUGUCUACCCCACAAACCAAUGCAAUUCUUUUUGUGUCAUAAAAGAUGAUGUCUAUUCUCGUAACAGAUGAUUGUGGUUCACUAUUUUUAUACUGCAGCUCUUUGUAGCCUCCUCCACUUUGGAGCCUUUCUAUUGGUCAAUUUUUAUUAGUCUUCGUCCGUAUGACAACUUUUACUACUGUAGAGGAUUUGAAAUAAGACUAUGCAUAUUUUGUUUCACCAAAUGUUCGAAAGGUCAUUGAAAUCAAAGACUUACUGAAACUAUUAGUUGUUAAUGAGAACUGACCCAAGGUCAGGCAAUAGCUUCAACAUUUCUCUGGUGUAUUCUAAUAGAGAACAAACCCAGAGUGUAUGCAAUCACUUUCUCCCUCCCUGCAUCCUUCUUCCAUCCCUCUUUCACACACACACACACACACACACACAAACACACAAGACAACUCUUGCUCUCAUGCCCUCAGAUCUUUGCAGCACACACACACACACACACACACACACACACACACACCGAGAAAACAAGAAAACUAACCCCAAGUCCAGUGUAUCUACAGUAUAGCACUUAGGAGGUAAAAUAUGGGAGUAUGGAACAUUCAUGACAAAAGAAGGACUUUAGCGAGGGGGUCAGAGCUGACUUUGCUAUCCUCGUCCACAGUAUUGCUUCAUACAACCUCCAAACCUCAGUUUUGUUUCCUUGUCUCUUUGUCUUGUUGUGUUUUGUCAUGUGAUGGGUCUAUUUCGUAGUUUUGAGGAUUGUUAAUGACAAUGCUGUGAAGGAAAAAAAACUUGAUCACAGGGUCUUGCUAAAUGUAUCAUUACCUGAUUUAUCCGUUUACUCAGAACUGCCGUUAUUUCAUCCUCAAUUUCACAUCUGGGUCCUUCAUGUUAAGUAACUUGUAGUAACUAUUGCAUUGGAUAGAGCAUAAAGCUGCUGUAUGGGAAUAUGCUGUUUGGAAUACUUAGAUUUGAUUAUUAUCCCCAAAAUAGAUCCCCUAUGAAAUAUAUCUUCUAUUCUCCCCCGAUCUUUAGUAUUCAACUUAACUUUCAACACAGUCUGGCAAUGUUAUGUAAUAGAUCAGGAAAUGGCUUGUCUGAUGGGCACCAUCUUACAUUUAACGCUUAUAUGAAUUGUUUAAAUGUUAAACAUUUAUACGUAUUGUUUAAAUUAAUUUAUAACAGAUGGUGGAGAGAGAUAAAUCUUGCAGAUACUAUUAUUGCUAGACCUUCAAUUCCAUCUUUCUCCACACCUCUGUGGUCCUUUCUCUCAAGCCCUGUCAAAAUGGUGCCCUGAUGAUGACCAUCAUCUCCUCCUUUUCAUAUGUCAUAGGUCUUCUUAGUUCUCAUUCACUAACUGCAUUUGUUUGUAAAAAUCCUUUUGGGAAUAUACUAAACGUUUACUAAAUCCAGGGUGUCUUUCUGACCCCCAGUGUCUUUUCCAAGGGUGCCCAGACUCCAGAGUAUGGGAAUGAACUAGUUUUGAAUGAAUCAUAGCCACCAUGGAAGCAAAGGAGAUCCAUAGUCAUUUGUAGUAACAUUCACACCUCCUUACUUUACUUGGGUUUGGUCCAUCGCUUUGUCCCUUACAGGGUCUUCCAAGCGAAACUGUAUCCACUUCCAUGAAUUGAAUGAGUAAGUGAGGCCAAAGGUCUUACUCAGUGGGGCACGGGUAACUCAGUGGCUUAAACACACUGAGCGUCAGGCCUCAAGGCAGGACUAAAGAUAUGACUAAAGACUAAAGAAAGCUAAAGCUGUGGCAUCGUGUUCUAACAGCACAUGCUGUUCCCCUCAGACUUUUUCUCCCUUAGUUUAACUGAAGGUGUGCCCUCAUCAGCUGUAGACUUCCAUACAUUCUUGUCUAAAUCGGUCUUUGUGGUUGUCAGUUUAUCAUGUUAGAGCGAUUAUCUUCAUGUGCCAUGACAUGUUUGAGGACUUUUGGUUUGUAAAUGCGUCAUCAUGCCAAGGUGAGGCUACAGCAGUGUGCUGAAUCAUUCACAUCUCUUGAUAUUGAUCUGUUGUUUUGUUUUGUUGUUAUGGUGACUCUCGGAGUCCAGGUCUUGAGUAAAGUGCUGGUGCAUACUCCUGAUUGGCUUAGUAAGAUUCUGAGGUUCCGUGUCACAGUUGUAGUGUCAGCAGUCUGCCACCAAGUUGACGUAAAAAAGUACAUUGUCAGCAUGUUUCCUGCUCCUCAGUCUGGUGUGCCUGUUACAUUUCAUUUUUUUCUCAGCAUUUCAGUCCUAUGCAUCAUUUUCUUCAAUCCUAUGCACACUGCACAGCUGUGGAUACAUUACAUUUACACAAAGACAAUACUAUGUACACCUACUUCUUGUAUUGUCUAUCUUUGUGGGCCUCCGGAUAUCUUGGUAUGGUGCUGCUAUUUAUCGUUUGUGUUAUGUUAGCUGACAUAGUUACCCUUCCUGGCCUCCCGCUGUGCAGAUAAAUACAUACUUUCUCUAUGAGCACUGUCAGUGUACAAAGGCCAAGCUGUGAACACACAGUGGUGGACACUGUGCCGGUCUCUUAUUUUGUUUUAUUUGUUGUUGUUUUUUCUGUUACUGAAAUAGAACAAAGUUACAAUUGAAGAUUACCACAGUAUAAUUUCUAUCCAUUUUAUGGAAAAUGAGUAAAACUUUUUACAAUC